AUGUCGCGGCCCAGGGCCGAGGUGCUCGAGAACCACCUGACGGGAAGAUUGCGAUUCUGCAUAAGUGGGGACCAGGACCUGGGCUUUCUUGAGGCUUCCUCUUGGUUCUUCAUAAACCUUAUCAGCAAUGUCAAGGAUGACGCUGAUCUUCCUGUGUGCUUGGAAGGAGGCGACAUGCUCAUGUCAUCUGAACGUGGCGAGGACUCCAUCAGCACCCUGGGCCUGAUCCUCGGCGUGGGGCUGUCGCUGCUGCUCGUGUCUGUCCUGGGCUACAGCCUGGCCAAGUGGUACCAGCGUGGGCACUGCUGGGAGGGGCCUAAUUUUGUCUUCAACCUGUACCAGAUCCGCAACCUGAAGGAGCUCGAGACGGGUGCCCCCUUCACCAUCAGCGGCCACAUCGGCAGUCCCGAGGGCGGCUACACGAAGUUCUCGGACAGGCCGGUCUGA